CGAGGAUGGAGGCCAUCAAGAAGAAGAUGCAGAUGCUGAAGCUGGACAAGGAGAAUGCCCUAGAUCGGGCAGAGCAGGCAGAGGCUGAGCAGAAGCAGGCGGAGGAGCGGAGCAAGCAGCUGGAGGAUGAGCUAGCUGCCAUGCAGAAGAAGCUAAAGGGGACAGAGGAUGAACUGGACAAAUACUCUGAGGCCCUGAAGGACGCCCAGGAGAAGCUGGAGCUGGCAGAGAAGAAGGCGGCAGACGCUGAGGCUGAGGUGGCAUCUUUGAAUCGCCGGAUCCAGCUGGUGGAGGAGGAGUUGGACCGAGCUCAGGAGCGCCUUGCCACAGCUCUGCAGAAGCUGGAAGAGGCAGAGAAGGCAGCAGAUGAGAGUGAAAGAGGCAUGAAAGUCAUUGAAAACAGAGCUCUGAAGGAUGAGGAGAAGAUGGAACUGCAGGAGAUCCAGCUCAAGGAAGCCAAGCACAUUGCAGAGGAGGCAGACAGAAAGUAUGAGGAGGUUGCUCGGAAGCUGGUGAUCAUUGAGGGGGAUCUGGAGCGCACUGAGGAGAGAGCUGAGCUCGCAGAGUCUAAAUGUUCCGAGCUGGAGGAGGAGCUGAAGAAUGUCACCAACAAUCUCAAGUCUCUUGAGGCUCAGGCUGAGAAGUACUCUCAAAAAGAGGAUAAAUAUGAAGAAGAGAUCAAGAUUCUGACUGAUAAACUCAAAGAGGCAGAGACCCGUGCUGAGUUUGCUGAACGCUCUGUAGCCAAGCUGGAGAAGACCAUUGAUGAUCUGGAAGAUGAGCUCUAUGCCCAGAAACUGAAGUACAAAGCAAUUAGUGAGGAACUGGACCACGCCCUGAAUGACAUGACUUCCAUUGCCCGAAGAGCCCUCCGUGAGCAGAGUUCUGGUGACAUGGCACACUUCCCGUGGCUUCCUCAGAGCGCCUGUACAGCCAGCUUGAGAAAAACCGCCUGCUCUCUAACGAGCUGAAGUUAAUGCUGCAUGAUCUGUGUGACUGAGAAGGGGCCCACUAAUCCCAUUAACAGCUCAUUGCCACCACCACUGCUGUGGACCACACUGAAAUCUGAUCAUUAACACUGGCAGGCUUGCCAGUUUUAUGCAAUUGCUGCUUUUUAAUGAGGCACUUGGAUUUAUCCUGUAAUUUAUUUAAGCUUUUUUUAAUACAUAAAGAUAACUUCUAUUCUUGGUGAAGUCACCCCCAGACCUGGCUGUGUUUUAGCCAGUCUUGUUUGCUUGUCCAGGGGGUCCUGCCUGGCUCCUCCGUGGAACCAGAAUUGCUGCACCCCCAAAUGAGGGUGGGCUGAAGUUAGGCUUAUGUCUGCUUGAAGCUGCCUGUCAAGUGCUACAACCUAAUUUACUGUUAGCUGAAUGACUGUAGGAUUUCCUGGUGCAUGGAAUGAUGGCUUCUACCAAUAAAGGACUGACCUUGUGGUCUGUGAGACACUGCACACCUGUAGUAUGUUCCUAUUUAGGGGAUCCUGAGAAGUUUUGGGGGCAGCAGUAAUUUCCCAGGCCUGACCCCAGUGCAGCUGGAAUGGGCUGGGAAAGCUCACAGACAUCUUGACAGCCAAAAUGCACAGCCUGAAGCUGUGUCCUGGGUGCCUGCAGGGAGUAUUGAAAUGCUGCUGCUGUUGCUCAUGCUCGAGGAGGGCUGUUCUCUCUCUCUGUGCAGUUUCUGGCCCUGGGGAGGUUGGGAGUGGCUUUGGCAACCUGCCUGUACCUAAAGGACAUUUUUCCACAGCCUGUCUGCCCAGUGUCCCAGCGUGUGGAUGUCUCCAGUGAUAUGGGUGGGCUCACCUUUGGAAUAAAGCCUACUUAGAGCACUAGCUGCUGAUCUGCUCUCCUCCUGGCUUAAGGAACAUGUGAGAAUCGACUGCACAGCUGCCUGCAGUGUUGGGCAGGGUGCAGCUCCCUCACUGCUCACUCUGCCUUGGGGCUGCUGGUCUGCUCCCUGCUGCUGCCCUGUGCUGAGGGGAAGGGGGGCACAACCAGCUGGAGUUCCAGGGGUGUUUUUGCUCUCGGGUGCCUUGCUGGGCCAGUGUGUGUGUGUCAGCUGUGGAGGUGUGGAGCCCUGGGAGGAGCUGGCUGCACUCAGAGACGCCUGCAUGUGAAACACUGCCCAGAGCUCUGGCUAAAGGUGCACCGUGGCCAUUGUGGGAGCACCAGCAGUGUGAGAGGCGAGGGCUACACUGAGCCAGGUAACCUCAAAAGCUUCCAGCUGCACCCAGCCAGGCACUCCAGCCCCAGGAUCGCUGCAGCUGCGUGGGGAAGGGGCUGGCACAAGCUUUCUUUGGCAAAGGACUCUCCCUUCCUUGUCUGGUUUGUAACUCUGGACUCUUGUUCU